AUGACUUGGGAAUCAGUCGAACAACUGUACAAAAGUGCAGGUCAAGAUCAUCUAUUUCACCAUAUUAAUUCACUUUCUCAUGAAGAAAAAGAAAUUUUUUAUUCUAACUUAAGUAAUAUGGCUAAUAGAGGUCCCCCAUCCAAGCUACUUACUGAUUGUCAAAAUGCAAUUAAAUUACAAGAAUUAAAUUCUCAGGUGGAUCCUAACUUAAUCAAGCCUUUGCCAUCUACUUCUUUUCAUUCGAUUAUUGGAAAUGACGAAGCUACUAAUGAAUAUUAUAAGUUAGGUUGUGAUGCUAUUUCAAGGGGUGAAGUUGCCAUUAUUUUAAUGGCUGGUGGUCAAGGUACAAGACUUGGUUCAACUUUACCUAAAGGUUGUUACGAUAUCAAUCUGCCAUCACAUAAAUCUUUAUUCCAAAUUCAAGGUGAAAAGAUUAUUUCUUUGCAAAAAAUUUGUAAUGAUUGUGUUAUACCUUGGUAUAUUAUGACUUCGGUUCCAACAAGAGAUGCCACUGAGAAAUUUUUUGUAGAUAAUAACUAUUUUGGAUUAAGAAAAGAUCAAAUUAUCUUUUUCAAUCAAGGAACCCUACCAGCUUUCAGCUCUGAUGGUAAAAAUAUAUUAUUGGCAAACCCAUUGCAAUUAGUAGAAUCCCCAGAUGGGAAUGGUGGUCUUUACAGAUCAUUAAGGGAUAACCACAUUGUUGAAGACUUCAAGAAAAGAGGCAUAAAACAUAUUUAUGUUUAUUGUGUUGACAACGUGCUAUCCAAGCUGGCUGAUCCCGUCUUUGUUGGAUAUGCGAUAAAAUAUAAUUUUCAAUUAGCAACUAAAGCAGUGAGAAAAAGGGACGCUCAUGAAUCAGUUGGUUUGAUUGUUGCCAAAGACAAUCGUCCCUGUGUCAUUGAAUAUUCUGAAAUUUCCAAAGAAUUGGCAGAGAGCACAAACGAACAGGGUCUUUUGCAAUUUCGUGCUGCAAAUAUUGUUAAUCAUUAUUAUCAUAUUGAUCUUUUAUCUAAGUUUCUAAAUGAAUGGUGUGAUAAUAUUCCCUACCAUGUGGCUAGAAAAAAGAUUGCAUCUUACGAUAAUAUAAAAGAUUGUUAUAUUAAGCCAGAACAACCUAACGGUAUCAAAUUAGAACAAUUUAUUUUCGAUGUUUUUCCUACCAUUCCAUUAGAUAAGUUUGGUUGUCUUGAAGUUGAAAGAUCGGACGAAUUUGCACCUUUGAAAAACGCACCAGGUUCAAAAACAGAUAAUCCAGAGACAAGUCGUUUAGCUUACUUAAGGCUUGGAACACAAUGGCUAAAAGAUUCAGGUGCUCUUGUCGGGGAGAAUGUUCUUGUAGAAGUUUCUAAUAAGUUAAGUUAUGGUGGUGAAAAUUUGGAACAAUUUAAAGGUGUCAAUUUUAAUAAAAAUGGGGCUUACCUGGAAUAA